AUGUCAUGGCCGCAUGAUCUGUCUUCUAUGACCGGCUCGCCCAAGCCGAGCUCGCACACGUCUAGAUCAAAAACCCCUGAACCUGGAUCAACAUCGCUGGUGAACCCAUCCUCCUCUCUGCUACAAGACCUGUUGAAAGAGCAGCGUGCGACUCGAGGGUCGCGGGGAACAGCUUCAGAAGACAUGGAGGAUAAUGGACCCCAUACGCCUCGUACGCCAGGCCGUUCCCGCUCCAAUUCUCAGGCCCAGUCGCAGGAAGAGCCGGGCUCUGAUCGGCAGCGGAAGAUCAAUAAUGCUCUGGCUGCGGGUCUAAAGCAACCCCGGGAGAUGGGGAUGAGAGAAAUGGACCAAUAUAUCUCAAAGAUGAAUAAACAGAACUUUGACUUGAAACUCGAGAUCUUUCACCGUGCCCAACAAAUGGCGGCAAUGGAAAAGAAGCUAGAACGGAUGUUGGAAAUGGAAGAAGAACUACAACGCAUGCGAGACUUGGAGGACGAGCUACAGGAGUUGCGGGAUGCCGAAGAGGACAAUCAGAGGCUGCGGGAGUCUAAUGAGCAAUUGCGGCAAGAAAUUGAUAAACGAGACCAGGCUGUCACAGAGGCCGUAGAAUUGAUCUGUCAGCUCGAAGCGAGAGUGGAGGAGCUGGAAGCAGCCGGGGACCAUUCCAGACCUUCUACAGCUCGGCCUCCUACGCGCGAUGGCCCAGGCCCAGCUAUUGAAACGCCCAAGUCUCCUACCUCCGUGGAUAUUCCAGAACGGACAUCCUCAAAGAACGGUACAACACCUGGUGACCAGCAUCGCCGAAGGUCUUCGGGGACACGCCAUCUCAAGAGAGCACCGUCAUUUCUCCAUAACGAGAAUCAAAACACGGCAGCCCUGCGAAGUGUCUAUAACCCUGCCGAUGAUCAGCCUCGCUCUGAAAUGAGCAUACUCACGAACUCCGAAAGUCUCCACUCCAUGAACGAGACCGGCGAACCCGAUUCUCCGAGGCUUAGCGCACUAAGUGAAUGUAGUGAACUACAUAUAGGCGAUAUUACUGGGUCGUGUAAUGAUUCUGAUGAAAUCGAAAUACCCGUUCGCAAGAGAGCGUCGACAGCUCAGAGUGCCAUGUUCUCACCCCUUACGAGAGAAGACCGGGAAAGGGAUCAGUUACGUUUUAGUUCAUGGACCCCGCCGAAGCCAGAUAUCGAUCCAGAAGACACGCCGAGAAUGAAUAUUCGACCUGUGCUGGAUGUUUUCAGAGACACCGAUAAGCCAAGCUUCGAAAGGGUCUCAUGUGAUAAUAGCUCUAGCCAAAAGACACAGAUUGACAGCGUUUUUGGAAGUACCAGGCUACCUCCCACCCCUGACACGAUGAGUACCGCACAUGCAUUCGGCACCAAUAGGUCAAACGGCAGCGCUACGGAGAAGAGCCAGGUUGAUCAGAUUGCGGUUUUCAAGCGGGGACUCCGCCGUCCUCGUUCUGCAGAUGAGCUGACAACCAGGCAAAGUUCCGGCAAUAGCAGGCUGACAGACGGUACAGAUACUAAUAUCAGUGAGGUUAUGCAUCCGCCGCUUAGUCCCACCGAAGGAGACGAGGCGCCUGCUAUAUUUCCCUUGAACAGCGUAUCAUCGAGAACCGGCUACAUGCAAAGCCAACGGCCGGUCCAUCGGCCCAAUUUUGGCCACUAUGGAAACGGAGUGCUGUUCAAUCAAGAUGAUUUGGAACAUGUUCUCUCGAAAAUAGAUAACAACUAUUACUCGCCACCUAGGCACGACGAGGCUGAAGAGUCCAUUCUGGAUACGCCAUCUACAUCACCACCCCUUACCCCUCAAGAUUGGGUGGAAGCAGCGAAAUCCGGUAAUCACGCUGGGAAGAAUCGCGCUCUGGCCCCGGCUAUUGGCCCUGUUCCUACCAAGCCUCGACUAGGUGGCACUAGAGCUCCUAGCCAGUCCUCAUUCCUUGGACGUCGCCAUAGCGUCGACUCGACUGUACCGGACCUUCCGAUUAUACCCACACUCGAUCUAGGCUCAUUGGAACCUGUUCGCCAGCCCGAGCCGGACCCAGAACCUCGACGAAAAAUCAGUUUUCGGCCUCGAUUUUUUGGAGGUUCCAAAGCGACCCGUCGUCUCCAACCAUCACCCAUCCCUGAUGCCACAAAUGGACAAGAUGGAGCACCCUCUCCAGUCAUCCCCAAGAGUAGACAAAUGGCACCUCCGAAGCCGGCUAGAACAAAUCAAAACGAUAACUCGCCCACAUAUGAGAGUGGCCGUACACCUGCCCUCACAUAUGCCGACGCAAAUGGUGACAAUAUGCGCAGAACCCUUCCUCAUUCAUUUACGGAUUCCAACAUGCAGUCACAUAGUACCAUGAGCAGGUCACCCUCGUCUCCCAGCAAAGGACACAAAAGACGGAGCUCACUUGGGAUUUUUGGCUGGAUGAAAGGAGCCAGUGGUUUUGGGUCUUCCAAUAAGAAAUCCGAACCUGAUUCUUCUGCGAUGUCCACGCAAUCCAGUGCGUCAGUCAAGGACAGAACCCCCUCCCGUUUAGCCUAUGAGUUUCCGGUUGCGAACACUGAGGCCAGAGCUGCUCAUUUAGCCUCCAUGAAUAUUGCAGUUGAAGACUUCGCGUCUGGUACGAAACGGAUCUCAUGGGCGGAAGAAGAGGCGGCACGACGACCGAGGUACAUGGAUCGUCGCCGCCGAUUUUAA